AUGGCUUCGUUGGCUAUCUCAGAGGGUCUGAAGGUUAGCUCCGGGGUGUCCCCAGCCUCGUCGUCAUAUGGCACGCGGGGAGAUGUCGCUCAAGUGCGGCCAGCGCGAAUUGCGCGCGUCGGCAGGCGUGGCAAGUCCGCCGGUGCGCGGGCCAUGGCGAAGGAGCUGCACUUCAACAGCGACGGCGCCACCACCAAGAGACUUCAGGCUGGUGUGAACAAGCUCGCAGACCUGGUGGGAGUCACGCUGGGUCCGAAGGGCCGCAACGUGGUGCUGGAGAGCAAGUACGGCGCUCCUAAGAUCGUCAACGACGGUGUCACCGUCGCCAAGGAGGUGGAGCUCGAGGACCCUGUCGAGAACAUCGGCGCAAAGCUCGUGCGCCAGGCUGCCGCCAAGACGAACGAUCUUGCCGGCGACGGCACGACGACGUCCGUGGUGCUCGCGCAGGGCAUGAUCGCGGAGGGCAUGAAGGUCGUCGCCGCCGGCGCCAACCCCAUUCAGAUCACCCGCGGGAUUGACAAGACGGUCGUCGCGCUCGUCAAGGAGCUCAAGCUCCUCGCUAAGGAGGUUGAGGACGCUGAGCUGGCGCAAGUGGCGGCGGUGAGCGCGGGCAACAACGAGGAGGUGGGCGAGAUGAUCGCGGAGGCGAUGAGCAAGGUGGGGCGCCGCGGAGUGGUGACGCUAGAGGAGGGCAAGAGCGCGGAGAACAACCUGUACGUGGUGGAGGGCAUGCAGUUCGACCGCGGGUAUCUCUCGCCCUACUUCGUCACCGACACCGAGAAGAUGGCCGUUGAAUACGACAACUGCAAGCUGCUGCUGGUGGACAAGAAGAUCUCGACGGCGCGCGACAUUAUCGGCAUUCUCGAGGACGCGAUCCGCGGCUCGUACCCGCUGCUGAUCGUCGCGGAGGACAUCGAACAGGAGGCGCUCGCGACGCUCGUGGUCAACAAGCUGCGCGGCUCGCUCAAGGUCGCGGCGCUCAAGGCGCCCGGCUUCGGCGAGCGCAAGAGCCAAUACCUCGAUGACAUCGCCAUCCUCACCGGAGGCACGGUGGUGCGCGAGGAGGUGGGGCUUGCGCUCGACAAGGUGGGCCGCGAGGUGCUCGGAACAGCCGCCAAGGUGACGCUGACCAAGGACGCGACGACGAUCGUGGGCGACGGGUCGACGCAGGACGCGGUGGCGGUUCGCGUGUCGCAGAUCCGCAACCAGAUCGAGGCGGCGGAGCAGGAGUACGAGAAGGAGAAGCUCAACGAGCGCAUCGCCAAGCUCUCGGGCGGCGUCGCCAUCAUCCAGGUGGGCGCGCAGACGGAGACGGAGCUCAAGGAGAAGAAGCUGCGCGUGGAGGACGCGCUGAACGCCACCAAGGCGGCGGUGGAGGAGGGCAUCGUCGUGGGCGGUGGCUGCACGCUGCUGCGCCUGGCCACCAAGGUGGACGCCAUCAAGGCCACGCUGGAUGGCGAGGAGCAGAAGGUGGGAGCUGACAUUGUGAAGCGCUCCCUGAGCUACCCCCUGAAGCUGAUCGCCAAGAACGCGGGCGUGAAUGGCAGCGUGGUGGUGGAGAAGGUGCGCAGCAACCCCAACCCCAACUUUGGGUACAACGCGGGCACGGGCGAGUACGAGGACCUCAUGGCGGCGGGCAUUAUCGACCCCGCCAAGGUGGUGCGCUGCUGCUUGGAGCACGCAGCUUCAGUGGCUAAGAUUUUCCUCACGAGUGACUGUGUGGUGACGGAUAUUAAGGAGCCGGAGGCUGCCGCGCUUCCCAACCCCAUGGAUGCUUCAGGUUAUGGCUACUAG